UUCGCUAUCUCUUUUUCACUUAGUGGUUUGUUAUCAUGAAUUAACUUGGUUGAACGUUCAUUUAUAAAUCCCAAAUACCUCCUGAUUCAAGUCUAGUAAAGUUGAAAUGAUCAACGCAGCCUUUAUGGCUAUUCGUAUUUGUGUAUGGUGCUUAAAUUUCAUUUUCGACGAAACUUAGCCUCCAUUCUAAUAUUUCAAAACGUACCAACUUGAGUCGUUCAAAUUUAUUUUUUUGACAGCGCAGACCGUUAAUCCUUUCAAACAAGUCUUUUACAACCUUGGGCUGAUUUAAGUCAGUUUCGUGGAUUUACAAGCCAUACUACCCUUCAAUUUUACUUCAAAGUACCUUAUUGGACCUUUAUUUUUAGCUAAAUUUAAUACUACCGUGCUUAAGAUGUUUUGCCUAGCGGUGUUUAUUUUCACUAGUGUAUGUCGCCGUUAGAGGGCUGAUCUAAAGAUCUAGUUUUAGUUUAUGACUUAGAUCGCCGCCGGGUUUUUAAUCUGGCUCUUGUUUACUUGCUCUAGUCAAAAUUGCUUUUUUACAAGAUAAAAAAAAUUAUUAAAACUGGCCGGGCUGAUACCACUUUUGUCUCUGCUUUAGGCAAUCUCUUUCUUAGAAACCUUUGUAAAUUUCUACCUACGCAAAAUGGGAAACAUUAAUCAUCGUUUUUGACAACGUCAAAAUUUCCUGGAAACCCUGAUAAAAACAUUGACGGGUAAUCUGUUUAGUACUGAACUAAUUCUUAUCACGCAGCUUCGAAUUUUUCAUUCAUGCCUGGGUGAUAAAUUAUUCCCUUUUGAGAAACAACAAUUUACAUCUUGCUUCUUUUUUUUAUCCAUUAGGCCGAUUUGGGAGUCGUUACAAAAACAAUAGUUGUUCAUUUUCAUUAAAAUAGAAGCAAAAGCACCAUUUAAAUUGAUUGGAUUUUUCAGACGAAUAGAAUUGUUAUUGAGUUUUACUUCAACGAGCAACUGUGACAUUUACUUUCAUUGAAUUGAAAUGCAUCAAUCGAAACCAGAGAACAAAUAAACAGGUCUAGAUGAAGAAACAUACGGAGAAAGUAUUAUCAAUCAGCCAACAGGAAGUCAGAGAAUAGCAUACCAACAACAAAAUCAGCUAAAACAACCCCAGAUAAGAGUAAAAAUCAACAGUAAACAACAACAAUAUACAUAAGAAGACGCGUGAAGAGGGUGAAGAAUGUGGGUUGUGUGGGCGGUGCUGCCCUUCUUAUUCUGUCUCUCGAUCUCCACUUGUCUCAUCUGGUCACGCCGUCCCGCCCUGUCCUCUCAGAAGAUACUCUCAGGAUGUCUCUGUCUGUUUUUUGCGGAGACGCUCACCUGUCUGCUUCUUCCCUCGGAACUCCUCACUUCAGUGCAGAUGUGUGCCACUGUACUCUGUGUACUGCUAGUAGCUCUCCUCGCCACCCAGAUGAAACUGAAAGACAUCUUCUUCACCAUUAUAGCUCUGACAUUCUGCAGAGCUUCCACUUUUCUCAGCUACCUUCCGCAAUUUCUUCAAAUUGUGAUUUGCUACGGGGCCAUAAUCGGAAGUGACAUUUUCAUCACUUACCUCGAAAACAAUCUGGAGGGAACUCCGAGAGGAAAAAGACUUUGCCGGGACUCCUCGAGGAAUCGAUCGGGAAGUCGAGGGCGCAGAAGUGGCACGACUCUCGGAGAUGAAAUGAGAGGAGACAAGUCGCCAAAACGAAGAAAAAGUCGGCUCCCGAGUUUCGUCGAGUUUCUAAACCCGAGUGCCGAAACACGGCGACGGUUAUCAAGCAUAGGGUCGAUCUGGUCCAUUCCUCUGAGCAGGAGAUCGAGAUCGAAUCCUACCGGGAGUGUACCUGCCUUGACGGCGAACAAAAACUCGCUUCAAUCGUCGCGUAUGUCGAUUUCGACCCGGCGACAGAGCCGCAGACCAUCUCGGAGAGUUUCGCUUCCAUCUUUCUACACACCAAGAACUUCGUUUGAGGAGUACCAGGGGGCGAUUGCGAUCGGGGACUGGAGUGGGUUGUUGAGUGAGGCUGACGGACUUCUGGCAGACCUCCUAGUCGACCACAGUCCCCAGUCAGUGCAGUCCAGAGUCAGGGCAGCCAGAAGGUUGAUCCAAGCAAGCGGACAAGCUCAGAUGGCCCAGCAGCAUGCCAUGGCAGUAGCUGCAGGACUAAUCCCCCACCCGCAGAGGAGGAAAAGCACUAUCGGGUCCCACUUCCAUACCUCAGGGGGCAAACAGAUCUGUGACGAGGAGGGCAAUCCAACGGCAGAACACGCGAGGUUCUUCCACCCCGAAAGCAGCUACGAUCAUAACAUGAGACUGCGAAGUGGGACUGCACUGAGCGCUCGGAGACUGUCGGCCACUCUAUGGACCACCACCACCUCCGCCACCGGGAUGCCCACGCUGGUGGGGGAGAGCAGCGAGACCCCCUCCGCCCCCCGCAAGAGCAGGUUCUCCAACACCCCGGGUGGGGACCACUCGAAUAGGAAAGGCUCAUUGUCCAAGAGCAGCAUACUGCCUCAUAAUGUGAGUUUUGAAGUGACUGGCGACACGGCAGAUGGCCCCCUGGCAGACCUCCCCCUGUGCAACUGUGACACUCUCAGCAACAGCAACAUCAACUCAGAUUCUAACAAUAUUAUUCAGGAGAACAACAAGAACAACAGAAGUAAACAACAUCAACAACAUCAUAGAAGAUGCUCUUUAAACCGCAACAACAGCGUCAGCAACAACAGCGCCCAAAACCAAGAUGACGUCAUCAAACAGCGAAUGAGAGAUUUAAACAGCACUGCAAUUUCAUCCUGCAAUGACAACACAUACUCGGAUUUUGGUCCCGACGGCGCCAACGACAACUUCUACUCAUCAUUUGGGGCGAAUAGCACAUCUGUUAACUCGGCAGCCAAUCAGAGCCAGCAGAUGCAACUGAAAGCGGAUCAGAACAAGCAGCAGGGUAAAAAAGGCGGAAAGAAGCAGCUAACGACUAUUCCGGAUAUCUCGAACAGUUCCUGGAAGUCUGGAGACGACAUUUUUGACCUUUUGCGUGGGGUCGGUCUCGCCAAAGAGGUUAUGGAGGGUCCCCUAAUUGCCAGUCUGAACUUAUGGAACUACCCAAUCUUCCGACUGGAGCGACAAAUUCCGAACAGAAUUCUGACAGCCACUGCAUUCAAAAUAUUUGACGACUGCUCUCUUUUCGACUACUACAAAAUAGACCUGAAAAAAUUUGUCAGAUUUUUCUCACAACUUGAGGAUGGAUAUUGGAGCAAAAACACAUAUCACACACGGACACAUGCUGCAGACGUGAUUCAGGGCGUCUAUUACCUAACUAUGAACCAAGUGCCAUGUUCCGGAUCCAGACACGACCAUGUCUCCGGACUCCCCGGCUCCUCCAGCGACUUAAUGGACGACAACACCUCCAACGACUCAGACUACCUCCGCAUCAACGGAGGCAUCGAGUGCUCUUUAGGCGCCAUAGCGGAGAGAAUGCCGGGAAUGGAACACAUGUCACUUCUAUUGGCGGCUGCCAUGCACGACUAUGACCACCCGGGGAGGACGAAUGCCUUCCUCGUGGACACGCAGGACCCACUGGCCAUACUUUAUAACGACAGAUCUGUGCUGGAGAAUCACCACGCUGCUAGCAGUUGGAAGUUGUUGAUGCAAGAAGAAAAUGACUUCAUCACUUCAGUUUUGGACCCUGUGGAAUUCAAGAGACUUCGUUUUUUAGUCUUGGAGACAAUUCUGGCCACUGAUUUGAAGAAACACUUUGACUUUCUCGCUCAGAUGAAGGCGAAGCUCAAUAGCAUCUCACAGACUGGAGGUCCAGUGUUCGACUGGACGAACGAGGCAGACAGAAUAUUCUACUCCCAACUGGCCAUCAAGCUAGCCGACAUAGGGGGUCCAACUAAGGGUUUCGACAUCCACAGACAGUGGACUGAACACAUCUGCGAGGAGUUCUAUCAACAGGGUGACGAGGAGGAGGCUAGAGGUCUACCGGUGAGCAUGUACAUGUCCAGAACCAGCCCCCAAGUGGCACAGUUGCAGGAGUCCUUCAUCACCCACAUGGUCGGCCCCCUCUGCGAACUAUUCGAGGCAGCCUCUCUCAUACCACUGAACUCACGGGAGGAGGAGCUGGUUGCCGACAGAUUAGCGGCUGAAAAGAGUGGCGACGUCUCGGGGGGUCUGCCCAAGAUCCGAGUCACCAAGGCCGAAAGCGAGCAGACCACAAAUCCAGAUGCGAACUCGGCGUCUACCAACUGGUGUCGACACAGCACAGUCUCCAUCAACAGCCAGGAGAGCAUCAUCAUGCGACAACUGAAGUCAAAUCUAGCCUACUGGCAGGAGGUAAUGAGCAAAGAGCAGUCGACAAAUUCAAACAUCAGUCCUUUACAAGAACAAGUGAAUGAGGAAGAAUACGCUUCGACCGAUGACUCGCCAGAACACAAUUACAACCUCCGACCAGACCACAUUUCCCAAAUAGGUUCCAGGAGAAGCACCGACUCCGGAGAUUCUAGUAACACCAGCAGAGAACACGACUUAAAACCGAACGGAACCGACUCUUCUACAACAUCACACAGCACUGUAGCGUCAAGUAAAGGCUCGGAACGAGCGUCUAGAAACUCGACAAACUUCUACUCCACAAAGGACGAAAAAUCGACAGAAACAACUGACAUGCCACGUGACCAAAGUGGUGAAAAGAAUAAGAAACCAGGUACAGGUAUUGGUAAUGAGGGCUCGAUGGUUACAUACAAAAGUCUGGGGCCCAAGGAGGGCGCGACGGGUGGUAUUAGUAGGGGUACUAGUCAUGACAGAGACAACAAUGGAAAAACUGUUUCCGAGCGCAGCUCCAUCAAUUUAUCAUCGUUCACUUUCAGCUCGAAAGAAACGACAAUUUCCUCGGCGUCUUCGUCGACCACUUCCUAAUACACAUUGAUUAUCACUUUCGGUAAUUUUUAAAUCUUAUUUUCAGUUUAGAUUAAUUUUGAAACAAAAAAAGCAUUAAAGAGAUUAUGUAAAAGGAGUUCCAUUUCUUAUGAGUUCUUGUCGUUUAAAUGUAAUGGUUGUGCAGAUGUAGAUGAUUUCAAUCAAUUGAUGCUAUUUAACAAAAUCAACCGGUGCAAUUCAACAAUUAAAAUUUAAC